CCGCCCUCUGAGCAAGCCGGACAACGGUCCCACCAACAACAGCAUGAUCUCCAAGCUGGUAAUCCUGGCCGCGGCGGUGGCGGUCGUGGCGUCCCAGGCCGCGCAGUACCCGGCCGGCGUGUCGCCGCACUUGUGCCCCAACUACCCGCACUGCGACAACGCGCUGCUGGCGCUGCACAGCCAGGGCGCCGCCAACGCCCCCGUGCACCAGCCCAUCUACGCGCCGCCGGCCUACCAGCCCAGCUACCCCAGCGUGCCCAGCUACGUGCCCAACCACCUGCCCGCCGCCGCCCCCGCCGCCGCGCAGUACCCGGCCGGCGUGUCGCCGCAGCAGUGCCCCAACUACCCCUACUGCUCCGGCCACAUCGGCGGCCCCGGCCCCGUGGCCGCGCCCCCGCUGCCCGGCUUCGCGUCCCGGCAGUACCCCGACGGCGUCAACCCCCACACCUGCCCCAACUACCCCUACUGCUAUUAGGACGGCGUCGGUGAAGAAUGGCUCAGUUGGAGGGCCUGAUGGGCGAGCAUGGGGGCCCGGCGGGCUUUCCUGGGGGCCUGCUGGGCUUUCGCCAAGUCCGAGGGGCUUUCGUGAGGGCCGAGCAGGCUGACAUGAGGGCCGGGCGGGCCUGCAGGAGGGCCUAGGUGCGCUGCGUGCGGGUGGCCCUUCCUAACGUCCUAGAACCAAGGUUGCAUCCAGGACGCUAGCCCUUCCCCGCCGCACGCCCGGCGACCCCUAGUCCGAGCAGAUUGUGAUAAAGACUUGUUGUUGCUGUUGUUGUUGUUCGGUGACAGCGACGCGCAGCUCGCGAGGCGAGGGCGUGCUCGACUGGCAGAGGCAGAGAGUGCUGAUUGCUUCCCUUAACCUUGUCUGGUCUCGGCGUGGCCGCGCCCAGCCACGCCCAGCCACGCCCAUCGGCGUCGCGCGCUUCAAAGCUCAAAGACUCUCUACAAAACGAGGCACUGUGAUAAGCAAUUUGUUUUGUACUAUAGCCGAUGAAUGCAAAUAAAGUUUGCACUGAAAUGGAAA